AUGACCAUCUCUCUUCAGACCCCCGCCACCACCGCCACCGCCACUCCCACCAAGGAGUCGCCGCUCAAGAAGGCCCCCUCUACCGACAGGGUCAGCGACUUGGACGUCAUUGCCAGCAAGCUGAACGGCCUGAAGCGCAUUCCCUCCUACGAGAGUCUCAACAAGGUCAUGGCGAUUCUCGCCAAGAAGACUUCCCACCAUACUUCUUCCGCCGACUCCUCUCCUGCUCAGUCCAUCAGCGACAAGUCCGUCAACGACAACCUCUCCAACCACCAGGGCACCCUGCACAAGCAGAACGAGACCGAGACUGAGGUCCUCGCCGACGACGCGCUGAACGCCUCCGCCACCGACCCCACUCCCGUCACCGAGGCGGCUAUUAAGGACUCCGCUGAUACCGGCAAGACUCCUGACAUGAACACGCCCGCCAAGAACACCGCGGUUCCCACCAUGGACAUUUCCACUACGGGUGUCAGCACCAAGGACAAGGUCACCGAGACCACCGCCCAGACUCAGACUGAGACCAACGACACCGACAUCCAGGAGACGUUGGUCAAGGAGACCGACGAUUAUGUCGCGGACAUUCCCGACGAGGAGCUGGAGCACCUGGCCGCGAUGGAGGUUUUCCCCUACCUCCCUCCCGCCACCAGCGGCUCGUCGGUCAGCAUUGACAUUGACAAGGCGUCGACCACCGCCCAGCCUUCGGCUCCUUCUUCGUCCCGCGCCGCUUCGCAGAUGACCAUUCACCUCACUGUCACCACUGACCACCCUCCUGCGCCCCCCAACACGCGCUCGGCCUCUCCCUCGGUGAACGACACCAGUGUGCACCAGCCCCUGCCCAACCCUUUUCCCCACUUUAGGCGCUCGUCGUCUAUUCAGUCAAUGACUAUUGAGUCGAAUGAGCGCGGUGGCGUCACCUACCGCAUCGUUCUUGUUCUUUCGCGCAUCGGUGCUUGGCUGAAGCGUAAGAUCCUCCGCCGCCGCGCCACCACCCCCGCCAGCGUUGCCACCACCUACGCGCGCCACCAGUCGGCGAUGCAGCGCCGCAACCAUCUCAUCGAGUAUGAGUCCUGA